CGCAAUCAUAUAGUUUUCGUGAUUAGUGUACUAUGUUUGACAUAAGCAUGUAUCGAUAUUGUGUAAUAUCGAUUAAUGCCUCACGGUCGCCAUUUUAUUUUUGUUACUACUACAAUUGAAGUCAACUAGGCUGUGUUGCUGAGAGAAAAUUCACAUUUUCAUAUUGAUAAACAAUAGAAAUUGUCAAAAUAAAUAUAGCGUUUGAGCUAAACAAAAAACCCGAGCUCUUCUGUCUUUGUGCAUUGGUCCUCAAUAAGUUUUCGUUGCGUUUUUAUGGUUUGCCAUUGAUGCUUGAAAAGGUGGCUGGGUCUCGGCAAGCAGUACCUGGACCUGAUGCGAAUGAGGGAUUCAACCACUCAGAGAGGCUGGCGCAAAAGCUUUUUGAACUGAACAACGAAACAAAUAAACAAAACCAAAACCAAAACUAAAAAUCUGAAAACCUAUAACAAAUAAAUAGAAAAAGAGUCUUGAAUCAAGAUGAGUGUCAUUAUUCGUUUGCAAAAUCUGCCGUGGACGGCAAAUGCUCGAGAUAUACGAAAUUUCUUCACGGGCCUCUCGAUACCGGAGGGCGGUGUUCACAUAAUCGGUGGCGAAAUGGGCGACGCAUUCAUCGCUUUCAGCACCGACGAGGAUGCUCGCUGCGCUAUGCUCAAGGAUCGUGAGAAGCUGAUGGAGAUUCAAGUGCGUUUGCUGCUCUCCUCGCGUGCCGAAAUGCAAAAGGUCAUCGAAACGGCUCGCAAUGUGAGUCCGGCUGCCGUUGCCACGCCUACGCCGACGCCCACGCCCAAGCUAGUGGCGGCGUCAGUAGCAGCAGCAGCAGCAGCAGCAACAACAAUGCCGCCUGUGCCUCAGCCGCCAAUUAUUGGUGGCCUGAACAGUUUUCUGCUUGGCCAGCAGCCGCAGGGACAACAGGUGAAGCAGCAACUUGCUUCGGUGGCUGCAGCAGCAUCGGCCACGCCCUCAUUUUUGGCAUAUCAACAGCAGGCAGGCAUAUCACUGGCCGACGUCGGCGGCCUCAAGGUCGCCGUCGACAAGCCAGCAACAGUCGAUCUGGCACUCUUUAGGCGCAGCCGCAGUCAUUCCAGUAGCUCCGAUGACAGCGAUCGCAGCCACGAUCGUGCGUCUCGCGAUCGUGGGCGCAAGCGUCGCCCCGAGCUACGCAGCGAUAGCAGUGAGCGUGAGCUCAAAAUAUUGCCAAAACCCAAAACGGUGCCCAUUGGCGCCGUAUCCAAUCUAAUGCCCUGGGCAUUGGGCGCCACCGUGCCACCGACAGCAGCAGGUGCAGCGGCAACCAUUGCAACUGUUGCUGCUGCAGCUGUGCCGCCUGGGCUAAAUGCUAUGCCCGGUCUGCAGCAGCAGCUAGGCAUGAUGAACGUGCUGCCGCCUGUGCUGCAGAGCUAUAAUACCACCAGCAAUGUGACCACCAAUAACUACAAUCUCAAUCUAACUGCUGGCACGCAGCAACAACCGCAGCAGCAGCCGUUGCCACAGCAACAUCAACAGCUGCCCAAGCAGCAGCUGCAGCAGUCGCCCCAGGAGCCCAUAGCCUUUGCCAACGUUAAUCCGUAUGCUCAAAUGUAUCCGCAGCUAUUCCAGCAGCAGCAGCAGCUGUUGCUGCAACAGCAGGCAGCAAAGACUGCUGCUGGCAUGGGCAACUCGCCAGGCCCGGCCGGUACUGCUGCUGCCGGCGGUGCUGGCGCUGGUGCGGGUGUUGCUGGCUUGUCUGCGCCCAUAUUGAUCGCCGAGACGUGCUACAUCAAGAUUAGUGGCAUGUGUCCCAGCACCUCGUACAGUGAUCUACGCAAAUACUUUGCCGGCCUCUAUAUACCACACAAUGGCAUCAAGAUUGUUAGCGGCCCGAAUGGCACACGCACUGGCGUGGCCUAUAUUGAGUUCUCGCGCGUGUCCAGCGCUCAGAAGGCGCUGCUACGUAACAAUACGCUAUUCCGUGAUCGUCUGGUGCAGAUCGUGCCCAUUUCUGAUGAGGAAUUCGAGCAGGCCGAUGAGCGCUCCCAGCGUGGCAACAGCAAUAGUCACAGCAGCAACAGCCCGGCUGAACGUGCAACAGUUGCGCCUGCUGCAUUGCCUCCAAUCAGUGUUCUGUACGUUGAGGACUUGCCACAGCUAACCACCGAGCAGGACAUUAUGAAAAUGUUCUCUGCCACCUGCACCAUUGUGGACAUCCUUCUGGCGCCCAGUCCCAACAAUCGCCGUGAAUUUGUGGCCUUUGUACUGUUUGCCAGAGAGAAUGAAGCACGCUCAGCGCUCGAGGAUGCCUCCAGGCAUUAUAUUGGGUUCCGUAAGUUGCGCGUGCGUGCUAGCAGUCAGGCAGAGAUGCAGAAUGCUAGAGAGAAGAUGCGACGUGCCAGCGAGCAGUUGCAAAAGGAGGAACAGCAGCAGCGUGAGGACGCUGAGCGUGAACAGGUGAGCAAACAACAACAACAACAACAACAGCUACUACAACAGCAACAGCAACAACAACAGCAGCAACACCUGCAACAGCAACAACAGCUGCAGCAGCAGCAGCAGCUGCCUUCACAGGAACUUUUAAUGGCCAUGGCCAAAUUUAAUAACGAUCCGCGUCGACGCAAUCACGAACAACAACAAAAUACACACAACAACAACAGCAAUCAUCACAAUAAUUUGCAGCCGUUUGCCAACACUGCUAUGCAUAACGGUAAUAUGCCACCUUUUGCCUUUCAGCAGCAAAAUAACGGUAUGAACAAUCAUAGCAAUGGCAUGCAUAUGAUGAACAACAAUAACAACAACAUGGGACCCUUUGGCAUGCUGAACAACAAUUUCAACAACAAUCAUCCAAUGCAGCAGCCACAACAUCACCAACAGCAGCAGCAGCAGCAACAACAACGUCGGCCGGAGGACGUCUUUGUGCGUGUUCACAACUGUGAAUAUGCCACGAGAAUCAAUGAUUUGGGUGAGCUGUUCGUAUCGGAGAAUCUGCGAAUCGAGCACAUUGAGAUGCUGUUCAAUGAUCGCAAUCAGAGUGCUGGCGAGUUUAUAGUCGAGUUUGCCGACUCGCUUAAUGCCAAAAUAGCUAUCAGGGAGUUUCAUAAUCGUCGCUUUCGUGGACGUGGGUUGCGGCUGACGCCCAUUACGCCGCAAGAGAUUGCGGAUCGCAUGAAUAAACCGUUUAUGGAUUAUUUGCCAGGCGGCAAUGGACCGAGGCAGCUAGAUCCAGUUGCUCCCUUGUCCCCGCCCAUGCAACAACAACAACAGCAGCAGCAACAACAGCAGCAAUCAAGGCGUCGUGGCCCAAGUCGCUUUGAUGAUGUCAGCAAUUGCCAACAGCAACAGUUGCCGCUGGAUGCUGAUGACAGCAACAAUGUGAAGCAACACUUUAAUCCAUUUGCCGUGCGCGUCGGUCCAGAAAUGAGUAGCGACGAAGGACCUGUUAGUCCGGUCAUGCCUGCACCCACCAUCACUGCCAACAACGGCAGCAGCGAUCCGGAAGAGAAUGGCAUACCAGAUAAGUUCAAUCGGGCGGGCUGCGUCGUAGCCAUGCGCAAUGUGCCCUUUAAGGCGGAUCUUAAGGAUAUUUUGCGCUUCUUUAAUGACUACAAACUGAGUCCGGAUGAUAUAAUACGGCGUUUCAAUGACGAGGGUAAGCCUACGGGGGAUGCGCGCGUAGCUUUUGAAUCGCCAGCAGAGGCACGUUCGGCUUUCGAGUCGCGUCGGCGUAAGCAAAUCUUCAAUCGUACCGUUUAUUUAGAUAUUAUUUAAAGCCAAGGUUCAG